AUGGAGGAGACAUACCUUCUCAACUAUCCAGGUGUCAGGAAGAAAAUUCUGGUAGGAGGCAGUGGACCGUUACCUCACUUUCCACCUGGGACAAAGCUGGUUUUCCACUUCCAGACACUGUUGGACAACUUCGAGAGGACAGUCAUUGAUGACAGCCGACUAGCUGGCAGACCGGCAGAGAUCUUUGUCGGAAAGAUGUUUAAGAUGGAAGUCUGGGAGACCCUGUUGACGUCCAUGCGUGUUGGAGAGGUGGCUGAGUUCUGGUGUGAUGCCAUUCACACAGGCUUGUACCCCAUUGUGUCCAAGGGAAUGAGACUGAUCGCUCAAGGGAAAGACCCUCUGGAGGGUCAGAGACACAUGUGUGGAAUGGGAAACCUGUUCCACUAUCACUCCACGGGUUUCCCCGAGCUGGAUGAGCUGAUGCGGACUCCUCAGCCGCUCAUAUUUAUUAUGGAGCUGCUGCAGGUAGGAGACCCCAUGUCCUACCACAGAGAGUCGUGGAUGAUGGAAAAGGAUGAGAAGCUGCAGACAGUGCCAGUUCUCCACAUGCAGGGCAAUGCUCUGGUCCAACAGAAGAAAUACAGAGAUGCUGCCAGCAAGUACAAAGAAGCUGUCCUGCUGCUAAAAACUGUCCAGUCUAGGGAGAUGCCAGGUGAUAUAGACUACAUUAACCUAGGUCGAAUGAUUGUCCCCCUGGAGCUGAACUACUGCCAGUGUAUGCUGGAGCUGGAGGAGUACUAUGAAGUCAUAGAGCACAUGGAUGAGCUGCUGCAGAAACACAAAGUAUCACGUUGUCUGCAUGAGUUCCUGUCAGCCACUCGGCUGCUGAUUCAUCCCUUCAACCCAUUUGCUAUAGAAUAUGUGGACUGCCUUCAAAAUAAAGUGGAUCAACAGGGUGAGGACUGGGAUUCGCUGGAGAAAGUGCGUCUUCCUUUGACUCUUAAUUUCAGCCAGUGCAUGCUGGAGCUAAAACAAUACCAGCAAGUUGUGGAGCUCAACACCAAGCUGCUGAAGAAACACAAAGGUAAUUUCAAGGCAGUGUACCAGAGGGCUCGGGCUCAUGCUGCUUUGUGCAAUGAGGAUGAAGCUCGAAGAGACUUUGAUAUGGUGGAGAAACUGGACCAGAAGUUUAAACCCUUUGUGCAGCAGGAACUGAGGAAGCUGGGCCAGAGCAUGCGUUCUAUGCAUGCCAGUCAGAACAAGACUUACUGGGAUACAACACAGGAGAAGUGGGGGCCCGGUGGGACCAAGCCCACGAGUGCAGCCAGAAAGAAGAACGUCAAAUUUCCUCCAAAAGCCACAGAAGGAAAAGCUAAAGCAGAUAUUAAUGUAGAUAAGAAGACUGAAGACACUAAGAGCCAGGAGAUGGAAAGCUCAGAGAAAUGCACCCCUGUCGAGACAGAGGGGGUGGAUGUUGCAGAAACAGGGAAAAAUCCAGAUGUGAAAGCAGAGCAGGGUAAUAAAGAGCCAGAGCGUGGGAGAGCGAGUGGAGAGGGGUUAGAUAAUGAAAGUAUAGAGAAGGCCGUGGUUCAUGAAGCUGGGCUGGGUGUACCAGAUAAUCAAGCAAUAGAUAAAGAUAGAGAUCCUGCGCCCGCCAGCUCCGGCAAAGAUAAUGCAGCGAGCAAGAGAUCAGUGCGCGAUAAGGCGAGAAAGAAGGUAAAAUGUCAAUCAAGUGCUGCACCACAGCCAAAGAGAACAAACUCAGGGAACAAAGCCAACAGGGCUAAAACAGAAAAGGGUGGCACUGCAUCAGAAUAGACCAAUGAGCCGUUU